UCAUCACCCUGUGGAUUAUCUGGUCCAGCUGGCUCUGCUGGACGGCCAACGCACAGAUGAAGAUACCGCCCGAAACGGUUCAACAAUGGGCCGUCUCCUAUGGAAAACAAAUCAUUGCUCUUUCAACAAAAUACUCUGGUGCUCUUCUACUCCAAAAGAAAUACAAAGACAUUGAGCCCACGGUGAAGAUGGAGGAGGUGGACGGGGAGGAACUGGUGAAGAAGUUUGCUGAGGAGAUGGAGGGCAUGCUGGGUAGGAAGAUGAAGUCCGUGAAGAGACUGGCGGAGGCGGCGGAGGACGCUGAUUUAUACCAUGAGUUCAACGCUACCUUAGAGUUUGACUACUAUAACUCUAUGCUGAUCAACUCAGUGGAUAAUGAUGGGAACGCCAUAGAGCUGGGAGGAGAGUUUCCUCUGGAAGAGAAUGAACACUUCAACAAGCUCCAGGUCAACACUCUGCAGAGCGACAUACAGGUCCCCACCAACGUGUACAACAAAGACCCUGGUAUUCUAAAUGGGGUGUACAUGUCGGAGGCCCUGAACGAUGUGUUCGUGGAUAACUUCCAGAAGGACCCUACUCUAACCUGGCAGUACUUUGGCAGCGCCACUGGCUUCUUCAGACUCUACCCAGGCAUCGCAUGGACCCCAGAUGAGAAUGGUGUAGUCACGUUCGACUGCAGGAACAGAAACUGGUACAUCCAGGCUGCGACGUCUCCCAAGGACAUCAUCAUCGUAGUGGACGUCAGCGGGAGUAUGAAGGGUCUUAGGCUCACUAUCGCCAAGCACACUAUUAACACCAUUCUGGACACACUAGGGGAGAACGACUUUGUCAACGUCAUCGCCUACAGCGACUAUGUCCAAUACGUGGAACCCUGCUUCAAGGGCACCCUGGUCCAGGCUGAUCUGGACAACCGAGAGCACUUCAAGUUGCUGGUUGAAGAGCUCCAUGUAAAAGGAGAGGGUAAAGUCAAGAAGGCCAUGAGGGAAUCCUUCAAAAUCCUCAAUGAGGCUGCAUCGCUGGGUCAGGGCAGUCUCUGUAACCAGGCCAUCAUGCUGAUCACUGACGGAGCCAUGGAGGACUAUGAGGAAGUGUUUCAGGAGUUCAACUGGCCAGAACGCAGGGUCCGUGUGUUUACCUACCUUAUUGGUCGAGAGGUGACCUUCGCUGACACAGUGAAGUGGAUUGCCUGCAACAAUAAAGGUUACUACACACAUGUCUCCACUCUGGCCGAUGUUCAGGAGAAUGUCAUGGAGUACCUUCACGUUCUGAGUCGACCAAUGGUCAUCAACCAUGAUCAUGACAUCAUCUGGACAGAGGCUUACAUGGACAGUGCGCUGUUCAACACCCAGGCUCAAAGCCUGCUCCUCAUGACCUCUGUAGCCAUGCCUGUGUUCAGCAAGAAGAAGGAGACGUUGUCCCAUGGUAUUCUGCUGGGGGUGGUGGGUACUGACGUCCCUCUGAGAGAACUGAUGAGGCUGGCUCCUAGAUACAAGCUGGGUGUCCAUGGUUACGCCUUCCUCAACACCAACAAUGGUUAUAUUCUCUCCCACCCUGACCUCCGACCCCUGUAUAAGGAGGGAAAGAAGCUGAAGCCUAAACCCAACUACAACAGCGUUGAUCUGGCUGAGGUGGAGUGGGAGGACACAGACGAGACAUUGAGAACUGCCAUGGUAAAAGGAGAGACAGGUACUCUGUCCUUAGACGUCAGAGCCACGGUAGAGAAAGGGAGAAGAGUCAUGUUCCUGAAGAAUGACUACUUCUACACAACCAUCAACGAGACGCCAUUCAGUCUUGGCAUGGUGCUGACCAGAGGGCAUGGUGAAUACAUCUUCCUAGGGAACGUGUCGGUAAAGGAAGGCCUCAAUGACCUGAUGCAGCCAGAUGUGUCCAUCGCAAAUGAGUGGACCUACUGUGAGACAGACAUUGACCCUCACCACCGCAAGCUGACCCAGCUCCAGGCUGUGUUUCGAUACCUCACUGGGAAGGAACCUGAUCUGGAGUGUGAUGAGGAACUGUUGAGACAGACUCUGUUUGAUGCUGUGGUCACAGCCCCCAUGGAGGCCUACUGGACAGCCAUGAUGCUGAACCCAUCUGGGUAA